AUGCAGAACCUAUACCAGGCUGCUGGCCGAAUUCUCAUUUCCCUGGGGACCCUCAGUGUAUUCUCUGGAGUUCUUGCUUUCUUCCUUGUCUUUUCUUACAAGCUUUGGUUCACAGGAUGGAAUGUCUGGAUUGCUUGUCCCAUCUGGAAUGGAGCUUUGGCCGUCACGACUGGUAUACUUCUGCUGGUGGCUCACAAAGAGUGGACCAAGAUAUACCUGUGGGAAGCUAGUUUCAUCUUUGUGAAUCUGACCAUUAUGGGAUGUCCACUUCAUUUUGCAAUAGUCUUGGAAUCGGCUCUCCUGGGUCUGUACUGCUUCUACUCAUUUUCAGGGAUUGCAGGGACCAAUUACCUUGGCUACACAGUUGUCUUCACUUUUCCAUAUGCAAAAUUUGCAUCAGCUUGUGUGGACCCACAGCACUAUGAAGAAUACCACCUGAUGCUUCAAGCCUUUGACCUGUGCCUGAGCUUCGCCAUGCUCUGUGUGUCCCUGACAGUGCCCAUCAAGCUUUUUGCCGGACUUAUCUGGAAUAGACACAUUACAUGCAGGUUUCCAGAAAGGGGGAACGAGUUUUUUCCAUCCUGA